UCAUCUUCAUGGUGGCACAGGGUGAGGUAUUCGGAGACGAAAUUAAGACUCUUAAGAAAAAUUUGAGUAAUCCUCCGUCUAAUUGGAUUCCAUUGGAUAAAUCGAGCCCUUUAUUAAAAUUUACACCUCUGCUAGAUUCCGAAGGAGUCUUGCGAAUGGAAGGUCGAUCCGAAAACGCCAAUUUCCUUCCCUUUGAUCUACGAUUCCCGAUUAUUCUUCCGGGAUGUCAUGCAGUAACAGCGCUUCUCGUCCGACACUAUCACGAGCGGUAUGGCCAUGGGUUCCGGGCAACUGUGAAAAAUGAAGUAAUGCAGAGAUUUUCAAUAAGUGGUCUGACUUCGCUAAUUAAGCAGAUAGAGAAGGCGUGUGUGUUUUGCAAGGUCCGCAAGUGUAAACCAAGAACUCCCAGGAUGGCGGCAUUACCUGUACAAAGGCUGACACCGUUCAGACGCCCGUUCACGUUUGUUGGCGUCGACUACCUUGGGCCGGUAGAAGUUUCCGUGGGACGUCGCAGAGAGAAGCGAUGGAUAGUCGUGUUCACCUGCAUGGUGAUAAGAGCAGUUCACUUGGAGGUGGCACACAGCCUUUCUGCUCAGUCGUGCCUCAUGUCCAUUCGGCGGUUUAUCAGUCGUCGAGGACCAGCUACGGAGUAUUUUUCCGACAACGGAACCAAUUUUCAAGGUGCAAGCAAGGAAAUGGUGCAACAAAUUCGAUCGAUAGACCAUCUUUGUGCUGACGAAUUCACAAAUGCUACAACGAGUUGGCAUUUCAAUCCUCCAGCCACCCCUCACAUGGGCGGGGUGUGGGAGAGGAUGGUCCGGUCCGUCAAAAGUGUUAUGGCAGCUUUGGACGACGGCCGUAAACUCAACGAUGAAAUUCUGCUCACCACUCUCGCUGAAACCGAGGAUAUAAUAAACAGCCGCCCCCUCACUCACGUGUCUUCUGACUCAGAAUGCGAAGCUCUGAGUCCAAAUACUUUUCUGAGAGGUUCAAACCCGAACGAACCACAGGAAGUUGUAUACCCAACCAACCUAGCCGAAGCUCUUCGAAACUCUUUCAAACGAUCCCAGCAACUUGCAGAUGAACUAUGGAAGAGGUGGAUUAAGGAAUACGUUCCGACUGUUAAUCAACGUUCCAAGUGGUUCAUCGAAAGUACGCCUCUUAGGGAGGGUGAUUUAGUUUAUGUGGUGGAAGGAUCAAAGCGUAAGGCCUGGAUUCGAGGAGUAGUGGAACAGCUGAUAGUAUCCAAGGAUGGUCGUAUCCGUCAGGUCAUGGUCAGAACGAGUGGAGGCGUCUUCAAACGAGGAGUCGCUAACUUAGCGGUGCUGGAAAUUUGAGGUAACUCUGGUUCCGAAUUGUAAUCCGGGACAGGUUACGGGUCGGGGAUCUGUUGGGAGCACUGGUGGACGUAACGCCUAACGGAACCCCGGCGAGAAAGGCCAGCAUUGAUGAUCUGUCAAAGAUCCAUGAUCAUUGAGACGAACGGAAGUGAAAGGAGAGAAGAAACGAUCUACUGAAUGAUCACGCAGUUUUCCGCCAAUGGGGCAUUAAAAAUCUACAUAAUUAUUAAUAUUAAAAGUUUAUAUUCGUUGUUUUACGGUGCGUUCAACCAUACGCUGAAUUAGUGAACGAAUUCUGGCGCACAUAAAGUAUAAGCCGAAAUAGAAAACACUUUUCUUAUUCUAACC